UGGCUCAUUAGUGAAUGUCGAAAAUUUGUACCGGAAAACAUUUUUAUCUUCUGUUGAAUUUGUUUAAGGAGAAAGGUCAUUGAAGUGAAAGUUUCAAACUCAACUUAAUCAGGAUAGUCAAGAAAUGAAAGCUUACAGUUGGAAAUUGGAAAUGAUGUAACACGAUUAAGAGAAAUCCUUAAAAAGCAAUGGAACUUGAUAAGCCGAAUUUGUCAAAUAUGUUGAUCGAUAUAAACACCCAAGUGGCAUCGUUUCGCGAUAUGCUGAUUCACAUUGGCCAUGACAAACAUGAUUGUCCUGAAUUAAGAGCACAAAUAAGAAAAACGAGACGAGCGUGUGUUGAAUCUUGUAUCAAGGUAGCAAAGUCAAUUUUACCUCAACUAAAAAGUGACUCGGAAAUCACAGCCACGCCAAUUCUCGACAAUCCACAUCUGAUUCUACUAUUUUAUCUAACACAACUCUUUCUAAGAGAAUUAGUUCGUUCGUAUCAUCUCCUGAAGAUUAUACCAAUGGACAUGAGUGGUUACUUUGACAGCUCUGCGGUCGGUCCAUCUAAUCUUGGAAACGUUAUUAGCCAACUUCUUCUGUGCAAGCAAAUCAAUCCUGAUUUCCAUUCUGAAGAGCUGUGUAGCAUAACAAAAGAUUCACAAGAGAUAGCAAAGCUAUUGGCAGAGAUGCAAGAGUACAUGCCGAAACAAGAAGCAUACUUGGAACGCAAUGAGGUGUUAAAGGAUAAAAAUUCCGGCCCGUGGCCUGCAAAACGAAGACGAGCAGCGCUUUAUCGUAACAUGGGAUUAUUAUGUUGUAUUUCAAGACAGCAUCCAAAUUAUCUUUAAUUUGACGUUCACGUGGCCACGCGUGGCUUUAAUUUCCAUCAUUCUGAGUAACUUUACGAAACGACCUAGAAAAAUUCUUAAA